AAUGUUGACGGGAGUUCAUUAUCAGUAAAUAAUCGACUUGUUUGGAUACGUGGAAAAUCAAAUACUCCUAAGCAUCAUAAUAAAAUUCUAUUUUUCAAUAUAUUCUUAGCUUACAGUAAUAACAGAAAAAUAGAUAAUUUAUUUACAAAAUCAACUAAGUAUAAUAAGGAGACUACGGAUAAUUUAUUGCAAGCAAAAAAAACUUAUACAGUCAUUAACAUAACAUUCGAUGGAUUAUCGAAAGAAGAAAUACAAAUUAUUGAUCAACCACAGAAGAAAAUUAAUAGAAAGAUAAAUGAUUGUUAUUUGAAAAAAAAGAAAAAUAAUAAUGAUGAAUGUUCUUUGGCACCAAAAGAUGAAAAAGAUUUUAUUUCUACAACUGAUCAACACACGAAAUUGUUAGACAACCCUUUAUUGACGGACUGUACAAAGAAUAUGAUUCAAAAGGAAAACGACAAUGAGUUUGACAUAGUUUUUUUAAAUAAUCAACAUCAGUUAGAAAUUCAAACAAUAAAUAUCUGAAG